AUGAAAACAUCAGCUGUCGACGCGAAUAUUAGAUCCCUCAAUCGGACAUGGCUCUGUAAGGUUACGCAGGUCCUGAUCGACCAUUACCAAACCACACUUCAAGAGAAGCUGACCACCAUUCGUACCAAGUCUUUAUCAUCACCUGACGUCGACCGCAUCGUUUCUCAUGCCCUGUCCUGGGCCCGCCGCUCCUAUGGGAAACGUCCCACUCAAGCUGUAAUCUCCAAAUUCUACCAAACAAUCAACGAAACAAAAACCAGAGUAACCAUAUCUCUACCAACUGAAAUGGACACUACACCUGCACCAUCUAGAGCCACCAUGCUGCCGAACCAAACCCCUAAACGAGCCCGAAGUUCACCUACUCCUAGUCCAGAAGACAUAGGUAAACGCUCUCGUAGAGAGGGCACACCCCUUCUCUUUUCACUUUCAAACUCGUCUUCCCCUUCCACACCAUCUGAAUCUUCACCACGUGAUCCAGGAUCCGCCAACCUUUCUUCCUUCUGUGCGUUUUUGGACCAGCAAACCACCCCUCAGUCUCCAUCCAAGUCGAGACGUGUAUCCAGACCUUCCCCCCCUCGAACCAGAUCCCAGUCCGUUCCCAAUGCUACAAUUCUAACAACUACCAAGCCAGUACCAAUCACACCGUCGACGACCAUUAUAUCCGCUACCAAACCGUAUUAUCACCAAACCAAGGACAAAUCAUUAUGGAAACUACCUGCUCUAAAGAAAUCUACCUUAAUAAUUGGAUCAUCUAACCUGAAUCGAAUUACCAAAACCAGUUCAGACACCGAAAUACAUUCUUACCCCGGUGCCCAAAUCCAUCACAUACAGUCAAUCCUGGAAUCAUACGACCAUGAUCCCAAACCUACUACCAUUAUUCUUCAUGUAGAUCAGAAUAAGAACAGAAGAAAACCCAAUAUCAAGACCCUUAAUCCUAAUUUCUAA